UUAAAAUUCUGGCCUAGGUACUAGGUAGAUUCCAUUAGUGUUUAUUAAUUCGCGGCUGCGGCAUUUUAUUGCGUGGAGACUCAACUACAAAUAGUAAUUUUUUAACUAAAUUAGUCCUAUGAAGAUAAUCUCAUUUCUAAUCCGUUAAUCCUUAAACUGCAAAUAAAUAUCAUUUUAUGAAUGCGAGAUAAAUGCAUUGGGACAAGUGAAAUCUUAAAGCGGUGUUUUUAUUUAGUGCAGAAAAAAAUGAUGCGUUGUCACUUUAUUUUAAUUUUCAUUUUUACAAAGUUGAUACUUGCCCAAAAUGACAUAGGAACCGAGUGUCCUUCCCCGAUCAAGUGUCUUACAGAUACAGAGUUUACGUUCUGUUCAAUCAUAGACGGCCAAGUGGUGUUACAAGAAGAAACUAUCAAUUGUCCCACGGGGUACAAGUGCGUAGAGGAUCCAUACGUACCGUGUGUGGAGGCCCCCACGACCAGCAGCACAACGACUACUACUACCACAGAACCUCCAGGACCGUCUCCCUGGCAACAAUGUACUUACGGAGCCACUUUUCCAGCACCUAAAUGCUUCCAGUAUUAUGAAUGUGUGAGAUUUUUCUGGUGGUACGAAUUGCAACUCAAGACCUGCUUCAUUGGUAGGGCUUUUGAUCCUGUCAGAUCAGAAUGUGUUCCUAUUUAUCAAACUAACUGUAGUCUGUAAUUUUUAUCGAGUGUUUUUUAUUGUAUCAUAAAAUUAAGAACUUUGUAACUUCUGAGAAUUUUGGGCUUAGGACAGUGUUGAUUUUGGUUUUAACUUUUCAAAUGAUGUAAAAUUCGUGUAAAUAUAAUUCGUUCAAACUUGGAUAUAAA